AUGAGCCGAAGAAUUGCAACAUUGUACUCGUCGGAUCGCAAGUCCAGAAGUCGCAGCGGGAGCCGUAGCCCGUCCGAUGGUGAAGAUGAGCAGCGCCAGCAGGGCUUCUUCGUUGGUGGCAGUGAAAGCAGGUGCGUCUUCACUAGCUCCUCUCAGCACCGUAUUCGCCCGAGAGCUCGUUCACGCACACGCUGA